GACACACAUCAGCCCCCGCUAAAUGGCUCGAGCUCUCUGAUCCAAAGGGCACUCGGACAGUUGGUGAACUCAGCCUCCUGUGGACCAGAGCCAGAGGAAAAGAUGCACACGAAAGAGCUUGUGUUCGGGCUCGUCUUACUCAUGCAAGCAUGUGGCCCACUUUUUGCCCAAACUCCGGCCCCUGACUCUCCAGGACUCCUGAGGAGGCUGGCGGAGAAAACCAGGGAAGUCAAAUCUAAAGUCCAGAAUUUGGGAGGACCAGUGCUGGGCUUUUUUGGCGCUUACUAUGAAGACCACAUCCAACCUGUGACUGACAGCUAUGUCGAAUGGGCCUCGAACCUCAAAAGCUCUGCGUGGGAGAAGUUACAGACGACCAUUCACAAUUACAUGUCACUGUAAGCAAAUAAUACAACUGCUGUACCCCCUCAAAACUGAAGGAAAGCUGACAAAUAAAUGAAUAUUAUUACCA